AUGCCCGAUGGCGAGUACAAGAUGCCGAUCUUGGAGUACUCGGCCAUUGGCAAACGCUCUCUACUCGAAGGUGCCUAUCUCACUCGCACAUCACCUUGCGGAGUCAACUGCUCCUAUGAUCUCCAAUUUGCGGCUCCGUCCCUUCAAUGUAAGGACGCGAACCCUGUUUCAACAGCGAAAUUGUACUUCAACACGGACCUCAACGACACCUACGCGCAAAAUGGAUUCUAUCGAGCUUCUCAUUAUCCCCACAAUCCUAACUUCAAGAGAGUCAACGAUCUGUAUGAAUUUGUCAUGAUCUGGGCCGAGAGUGAUGGGCAGCGGCAGAAUGCUACAUUGCGGGCGCUGAACUGCGUCGCAAUGGCGGCCACUUACAAUUCUCAUGCCAAUUACACCAACUCCAUUCAGACUAUAACUGUGGGUAUAUCGAACGAGAAACCGCUGAAUGCAACAGCGUUGUUUUACCCCAACCUUUUCUACGGCGAGCAACAUGCCAAAGACGGCCCGAAUGGCAUCGAAUACAUAUACCCGACGUAUACUCAUACCAAAGACGAAUUGAACGUCUUAUUCAACGGCUGUCAGCUUCUCUCUAUGGUCGAAACCCUCACAGAGCCACUCAAGGGCGAUGCUGUUUAUCUCGGGACCGACGGUUACAACAGGAGCAGUUCUUUGAUUCAAGAAACGCCUCUCACGAGGGCAACGUAUGACGAACAAAUGAAGGACUACACGUACAUGGAGUACAAGCUGUCUCCAGACAUUCUUCGCGAUCUCAUGACCAAUGUCUCCCUCUCAAUAUUCAAUGACGGUCAACACUUGACUUCAACUUCCGUCACGACCGAAACCUAUAGACUGAGUUACGUUUUCAAGUCCCCCUGGAGACUCAUUGCAGUGUACGCCGCAGACUUGAUUGUCACUGCGAUCUUCUUGCUACUCGGCUUAAUUGCCAUGUUCCAGAACGGCGUCGCCGCGACUCCUGGAGGCUUCCUGCAGAUCUUGUGCACCACGACUCAUGAACAUGGAACUUUGAAUCGGUUGGCGAGACAGGCUUGUUCUGGUGGCAAGGAGGGCAUGUCUGAGCAUUUAAAGAAGCUCAAGGUCAGGUUUGGGGAGAUUGUGGAUGUGAAUGAGGAUUUGCGGUUUGCGGCAUUCGGGACGGAGGAAGAGACGAGCUUGUUGGUUAAUAAAAGGGCGCAUGGUGGUAUGUAG